AUGCCAGGAUCUCGAAAAUUUUUUGUUGGUGGAAACUGGAAGAUGAAUGGGAGUCGUUCAGACAAUGAUACUUUAAUUCGCACACUUUCUGAAGCCCAGUUCAGUGACAAUACAGAGGUUUUAGUGGCUCCACCUUCUAUUUUCCUCCGUGAUGUUAGAGACCACUUGAAAAGAAGUAUACAUGUAGCAGCUCAAAACUGCUAUAAAGUACCGAAAGGUGCAUUUACAGGAGAAAUUAGUCCUGCAAUGAUAAAGGAUGUUGGUUGUGACUGGGUUAUACUUGGUCAUUCCGAGCGAAGAAAUGUUUUUGGAGAAUCUGAUGAGCUCAUUGCUGAAAAGGUUCAACAUGCUCUUGCAGAAGGUUUAAGUGUUAUAGCCUGUAUUGGUGAAAUGCUAUCAGAACGUGAAUCUGGUAAAACAGAAGAAGUUUGUGUAAGACAGUUAAAAGCUAUUGCAAACAAAAUUCACUCUGCGGAUGAAUGGCAAAGAGUAGUUGUUGCCUAUGAACCUGUAUGGGCUAUUGGUACAGGCAAGGUUGCUACACCCGUACAAGCCCAGGAAGUUCAUAGUUUCCUACGCAAGUGGUUGAAGACUAAUGCACCAGCUGGUGUUGAUGAAAAUUUGCGCAUUAUAUAUGGUGGUUCCGUGACUGCUGCCAACUGCAAAGAAUUAGCUCAACAGCCGGAUGUAGACGGAUUUUUAGUUGGUGGAGCUUCAUUGAAAGCUGAAUUUAUUGACAUUUGUAAAGCUCGAUAA